CACGCUCUUCCUGGUUACCAGCUUGUAGUUUGCACGUUUCACUGGAUCUACUGUGAAAAUAGCAGAAUCAGAAGUGCCUCACGUGAACUCCCUCUUUCCAGUUCCCUCUCCAUUGGAGCCAAAAUCACUGCAAUUUUUGGAUGGCGCUGGGCCCUAGUAACCGUGGCAAUGCACAUCAACGAUCGGCAAUGUCAGCCAUGACAGAUAGGUUCGGUGGGUGGAGGACACCACGGACGGCCGAGUGACUUGCUCGCGCUCCCUCACCACCCCGCGUCAUGGCGAGAAUGGCCACAGCUUUGGGCGGAAGCGCCGUCGGGGGCAGGACCAUGUCCUGCAACCUGGACGCACCCGCCAACGCCAUCAGCGUCUGUCGUGACGGCUCCCAGGUGGCGGUAGCCGGGCGCAACAUCUUCAAGGUCUACGCCAUCGAGGAGGAGCAGCUGUGCGAGAAGGCCAACCUGCGGGUAGGCCGCAAGCCUUCGCUUAACCUCAGCUGUGCCGACGUGGCCUGGCACCAGGCGGAGGACAACCUGCUGGCCACGGCGGCUACCAAUGGGGCAGUGGUGACCUGGAACCUGGGCAAGCAGUCACGCAACAAGCAGGAUCAGCUCUUCAUGGAGCACAAACGCACAGUCAACAAGGUGUGCUUCCACCCCGUGGAGCUACACAUCCUCCUGAGCGGAUCCCAGGACGGCUCCAUGAAGUGCUUUGACCUGAGGAGGAAGGAGUCCGUCUGCACCUUUUCAGGUCAGUCGGAGAGCGUGCGCAAUGUCCACUUCAGCGCCCGUGAUUUCUUCACCUUCGCUGCUACCUUUGAGAAUGGGAACGUCCAGCUGUGGGACAUGCGGAGACCUGACCGGUGUGAGAGGAUGUUCACAGCCCACAACGGGCCCGUCUUCUCUUGUGAUUGGCACCCGGAUGACAGGGGUUGCCUGGUGACCGGAGGCCGGGACAAGAUGGUGAAGGUUUGGGACCUGACUGGUUACAAGGCCAGGGAGAUGUAUUGUGUACAGACCAUCGCCUCCGUGGCACACGUCCUUUGGCGGCCAGACAGGAGGUACCACAUCGCCACCUGCUCCAUGAUGGUGGACCACAACAUCUACGUGUGGGAUGUCCGCAGACCCUACGUCCCCUUCGCCAUGUUUGAGGAGCACCGGGAUGUCACCACUGGCAUUGCCUGGCGCCAUAGCCACGACCCCCACUUCCUCCUGUCCGGCUCAAAGGACAGCACCCUCUACCACCAUUUCUUCAAGGACGCCCAGCGGCCGGCAGGCCAGGCCGUACCCGAGGGCCUGUGCUUCGGCCUAUUUGGGGACGUGGCUUUCGCCGUCAAGGAGGGCCUGUGCUCAGCCGAGAGCCACCGCAAGGCCCUGGCUGCCGACCGCCGGUACCCGUUCUUCUUUGCCCGGCGUCCGGACCCCGCUGAACAGUUCACCAACGUCUCGAGUGCCCUCAGCCUUUUUGAGACGCGGCCCGGUGCCGCCUCCAUGGACUGGUUCGCUGAGACAGCGGCCCGGUAUAGCCUGAGCGGAGGGCCCCUGCCUGAACUCUGUGACCGUAACGCCGCCGUCGCCCGGCAACUCAGCCGCCACCAGGUGGCGCAGAUCUGGAGGAUGCUGAAGAUCAUUUACACAGGAACGGGAGCGACUGGCAACAUAGUGCCAGGAUCUGGAAAGACAGGACCCCCCCUCACCCCCCUCAGCAGCUUUACAUUAAAGGACGGUACAGCUGCAUUGGGAGGUGAAGCCAAAUUGGAGCGAGGUCGGAUGGAGAACCGACAGGACAGUCUCCCUCUGGAUUCGACCGUCACCUCACAACAAACAAACGAAGAGAACGAGGAGACGGAGGGGAGUGAUGCGCCAGCGGACUAUCUGUUUGGCGAUGGUGAAGGUGAUGAAGAUGACUUCUUCAUUAUCGGCCACGAGAACGCUCCAGGAGAGGACUCCGAGUUCAUCCUUCCACAAGAAGGCUUCCCACUGCGACACGAAAUUCUCGAUCACCCGACUACCCUCGACCACUUCCAGGACAAGACUGACUCGCCCCACAUCAGCGGCAACGAAGCAGACCUGGUGUCACUGACCCCGACCGAGGGCAUUUCUCUGGUCUCCGUCUCGCAGCUGCCCUUUGAGCACGGGUUUUCCGCCGAUUACUUCAACCUCGUCGUGAGGGACAUGAUGUGCUUCUACGCCGAGCAAGGCGACGUGCAGAUGGCAAUCUCUGUCCUCAUUGUACUCGGAGACAGGAUCAAAAAGGAAAUUGAUGAGCAGACACAGGAACACUGGUACACCUCCUACAUUGACCUUCUCCAGCGCUUCCAACUCUGGAAUGUAGCCAACGAGGUGAUCAAACUGAGCACGUGCAGAUCCAUCACAUGCCUGAACCAGGCUUCGACCACCCUGCACGUCAACUGCAACAAUUGCAAACGGCCAAUGAACACUCGAGGCUGGAUGUGUGAGAGGUGUCGGCGUGGUGCCAGUACAUGUGCUGUGUGCCACCACGCAGUGAAGGGGCUCUUUGUUUGGUGCCAGGGCUGUACACAUGGAGGACACCUGCAGCAUCUCAUGGACUGGUUUCAGUUCCACACCCAUUGCCCGACAGGAUGUGGACACCUUUGUGAAUACACAUAGUCCAUACCACACCCUCGCUUCCUCCCAAAACCCCCACCGUGUCUCGUCACAAUAGCAUGUGUUGGGCUGAGAUGUACAGAGUGGAAGCAGUUUGGUUACUCCCCUCCUCCCAGCAAGAUGUGAUUUGGAAUGGAGGGGGCCUGGAAAGUAUGUGUUGGUGCAGAGAGAUGUGUUGCUAGCACAAGCAUCUGUUGGAUACACCCACAGCGUGGGCACAUUUCAGACACUGCAUGUCCAUUAUGAACUGUACAUAGACUGGGAGAAAGUGAGGACUACAUAUGCUGGAGAUCAGAGCUGAAAAAUGUGUUGCUGGAAAAGCACAGCAGGUCAGGCAGCAUCAAAGGAGCAGGAGAAUCGACGUUUCGGGCAUAAGCCCUUCUUCAGGAAUCCUGGCAAGUUUACAAGAAGCAGCACUGUAUUCUGUUAUUAUGUGAUGGGAUUAAUUUCCCUUCACCAUACCUCCAGCCCCUGCUUGAUCUGUAGACGGAUGCUGCAGGUCUCACUGCUAACACUGUUACAUGGAGUAGGAUUGCAGCCUCUGUCAAAGAAGUUAAAAAUCACACAACACCAGGUUAUAGUCCAACAGGUUUAAUUGGAAGCACACCAGCUUUCGG